UUGCCGGGAAAGAAGGGAAAGAAAGAGAUAUUGUUGUUCUUGCUGUUGAAGAAGAAGCAGAUGGUAUUCAUGGAGAUGCGAGCCAUAAAUAAUCAUUCCAAUAGAAAGGGAACGUUUUCCGUACUCUUCCUUUUCCUUCUUUUCAUUCUCAUACUCUUUGUUAUUUAGAUUUCUAUUUUAAUUUUCUCUCAUAUAGCUAGUUAUAUAUACAUGGUAUUUGCUAUACUCACACCUUUUCUUGAUUUUCUUGAUCUGGGUUUUUGUGACUGACCCUUUUUCUUUUGAAAACAAGAACUUUUUAGUGGGUGGUGUUGUUUCUUUGGCUUAAUAUUGUGUUGGAGUUUUUGGUUUAAACUGUUUGAUUGAGAAAAAUCUAUGGAAUUUUGAUCUGAGACUUUUUUUUCUUGGUGCUUAAGCUCUGGAUCUUGUUUUGGUUAUGGUCAAUUUGAUCUUUGGAUUAACUCUUGAUGAUUCGGGGAUUGGUUAGCUGUGGUCAGGUUUUGAGAGUCUCUUGUUCUUCUUGAUUGCUGCCAUUUACUGAUAGGAAAAAAAAUCCAUACUAUUUUUGUUAGAUUUGUUGUGCUUGUGUCAUUAUAGCAAGAGGAUUCAGUGUAAAUACACCCAGAUUUCUGUGAAUAAUGGUAAACCAUCUAUUUCCUCCUUUUCAUUAGUUUGUGAUUCCAGGAGGGAUUUUUUUCCAUUACCCCCUUGAAAUCUUACUCAUUUUCCAACACAAGAUAAGAAUUAUAAUCAACAUAUCUUGUAUGCCUCGUUGAAAACCAAACCCCCCCCACCUUUUUUCUUGUGGAUUGAUCUUUUUUGAUUCUGAUGAUCAACAAACUCUCCCUUUUUUUUGAUUCGGAGGACUGAACUCAGUUGAAUUGUAGAGUUUUGGUAGCUUAGUUUUUGGAUUAGGGGGAUAAGAAGGGUGAUAUAUUUUUCGCUUGGAGGUGGAAUUGGUGGUGGUACUCGGUGGAUCAUUGCAGUAUAUGGGAGUAUCUGAAAGUUCCAAAGUAGGUUUGAUAGAGAAGUUUAGAUCUUGGAUUUCUUGGGGAAACGGUGAUCUAACUUCUAUGUCGGGUGAAUUCGGAAUGGCUGAUAAUGACUGCAAAAUGUGUGCAGAGUGUGAAAUGUAUUAUACAGAAUCUUGCAUCAAGUACCACUGCCAAAGCUGUGGUCGCGUACUGUGUAGAAAUUGCAUUCCAGGCGAUGCCUCUUUGGGCGUUGUUACAUCCGGUGAACUGAAAAGCAUGACAGAAGCUGGGCUUAAUAUUAAAUCCUGCCAGUCUUGCUCCGAUGUUAAUAUUAGGCACAGUGGUGAAGGGAAGUACAGUGAUAAAAUCUAUCCUUCAGAGUCUCCCCGACAAAGCCCUGAGCCACCAUCGCCAAGUUUCAGUAGUGACAGAUUUGAUGGUUAUUCGCUCUAUGCUCUGACCAGAAGUAGUAUUACAUCAUUUACCAGUCAAACAUCCCCAGUGUCUGUUCGUCCUUCUUCUAGCAGGAGUGAUGAAGAGGAGGGAGAGGAUUCCACAAAUCACUUUUACAGCCCAUCAAGUGAAUUUUGUCAUGAUACUUCAGAUAUAGAUUCAAGUUGUGUUGCUGGUAUGCACGAGUUUUACAGCUUUAAGUCUGUUGGGUCAAGUCCUUCGGACAGCCCCUCUAGGGUUUACAUUAAUUCCAAUAGAGCUGGGCAUUCUCUACAGCAACAGGUGGGGGGAACCCCAAGGUCUCAAAAUGAUGGUACCUUUGAACAAGAACCUAUGGCUGUUUCAAAAAGGCUGGGGACAGUGGCUUUGGAUCCAGACAAUGCUGAUGAUUCUGCUGAUAAUUUGUCGAUAUUCCAGGACCAAUGUGGGAAGUUCCAAAAGCCUUUGGAUUUUGAAAACAACGGUCUCAUUUGGUUUCCUCCUCCGGCUGAGGAUGAAGAUGAUGAGGCAGAAAACAAUUUCUUUGCAUAUGAUGAUGAGGAUGAUGAUAUUGGAGAGCCAGGUGCGAUUUUUUCAUCUAGCAGUAGCCUUGUUAGCAUGUUCCCAGCAAAGGAGAAACCAAAGGAAGAUCAUAAGGAACCUUUGAGAAUCGUGGUACAAGGGCAUUUUAGGGCCCUUGUGUCACAGUUGUUACAAGUGGAGGGUAUUGAGGUUGGCAAAGAAAACAGCGCAGAAGACUGGCUUGACAUAGUUACGACUAUAUCAUGGCAAGCUGCAAACUUUGUGAAACCAGAUACUAGUAGAGGAGGCAGUAUGGAUCCCAGUGAUUAUGUGAAAGUUAAAUGUAUAGCAUCAGGAAGUCCUAGGGAGAGCACACUUAUUAAAGGAGUAGUUUGCACAAAAAAUAUAAAACACAAGCGCAUGACUUCUCAAUACAGAAAUGCUAGAUUGCUUCUUUUAGGAGGAGCACUGGAGUACCAAAGAGUACCAAAUCAACUGGCAUCUUUUGAUGCCUUAUUGCAGCAGGAAAUUGAUCAUCUGAAGAUGAUUGUUUCAAAGAUAGAGGCCCAUCGUCCAAACGUGUUGCUCGUCGAGAAAAGUGUAUCUUCAUAUGCCCAAGAGUAUCUACUAGCAAAGGAUAUCUCUUUGGUGUUAAAUGUUAGAAGACCACUAUUGGAGCGGAUAGCCAAGUGCACUGGUGCUCUUAUAACUCCAUCAAUUGAUAAUAUUUCUACAACACGAUUGGGACAUUGUGAACUUUUCCGGUUAGAAAAAAUGUUAGAAGAACAUGAGCCUGCCAAUCAGUUCAGCAAGAAGCCAUCCAAAACCUUGAUGUUUUUUGAAGGUUGUCCCAGGCGUUUAGGUUGCACGGUCCUACUGAGGGGUCUAUGUCGUGAAGAGCUAAAGAAGGUUAAACAUGUUGUUCAAUAUGCAGUGUUUGCAGCAUACCAUUUAUCUCUGGAGACUUCCUUUCUCGCUGAUGAGGGCGCCAGUCUACCUAAAAUGUCAUUAAAAACAUCUAUUGCCAUACCAGAGAGGACAACUGCUAAUAAUGCCAUUUCAGUUAUCCCUAAUUCUAUUGUUCCCAGCAGUUAUGAAGUUGCUGAUAUCCUGGAAUUCAAUGAAAGAGGUCUCGAUUUGGAGUUAACAGAGCAGGAAUUUUCAUCUGAGGAUCAAAACCCGAAUCAUGAUUCUUCUCUUACUCUCAGAAAGGGCGGAGCAGACAUUGCAUUAUCUGCUGCACCCAGUAGUAAUAUAUUUAAUGUGGCUUUGGAGGAUUUGAGGCCUGCUGUGCUUCCUUCUGAGAUCACAAAUACUACCGCGGACGAGUCUGUGGAAACUAUGGGUCAAGAGGAGAGGCAAACAAGGAAACAUGCUGAAGCGGCUAAGAUGGAAAAACUUAAUGAAAUUGGAGCCUCUAGUGAGUACUAUUCAGCCACUGAAAGUCACCAGAGCAUAUUAGUAUCUUUUUCUAGCCGUUGUGUGCUAAAUGGAACUGUAUGUGAACGCUCUCGACUCCUCCGCAUCAAGUUCUAUGGCUGUUUCGAUAAGCCACUUGGAAGGUAUCUUCGAGAUGAUCUCUUUGAUCAGACAUAUUGCUGUCAAUCAUGUAAUGAGCCAGCCGAAGCCCAUGUCAUAUGUUACACCCAUCAGCAGGGAAAUCUCAUGAUCAAUGUUAGACGCCUUCCUUUGGUGAAGCUACCUGGGGAGCAGGAUGGAAAAAUAUGGAUGUGGCACCGAUGUCUCAAGUGUGCACCUGUAGAUGGAGUUCCACCGGCAACCCGCAGAGUGAUCAUGUCUGAUGCUGCUUGGGGACUUUCGUUUGGGAAAUUUUUGGAACUUGGUUUUUCAAACCAUGCAACUGCUAAUCGAAUUGCUAGUUGUGGUCAUUCUCUACAAAGGGACUGUCUUCGUUACUAUGGAUUUGGGAGUAUGGUUGCAUUCUUUCGGUAUUCUCCCAUUGAUAUUCUUUCCAUCCGCUUGCCCCCAUCAGUACUCGAGUUCAAUGGUCAUGUUCAACAGGACUGGAUUAGAAAAGAGGCAGCUGAGCUUCUUUGUAAGAUGGAAGCCUUGUACAUGGAGAUAUUGGGUGUACUUUGCAGCACUGAGGAGAAAAGCACAUCUUUUGGACAUGAAGCAUGUGAUAUAAGUGAGUUAUGUAACCACAUCAAGGAGUUGAAAGGCUUGCUUUUGAAAGAGAAAAGUGACUACAAGAAUGUGCUUCAACCAGCUGAUGAAGAGGCUGCAGAAUCAGGCCAGGCAGUCCUAGACAUUCUUGAACUUAAUAGUUUGAGACAUUCUCUUCUGAUUGGUUCACAGGUUUGGGAUCAUCGGCUACAUACAUUAGAUUCUCUCCUUAAAACAAGGAGUUCUAGUUCUAAGGUUAGAGAGGAUGCUGCAUCUUACGCUGAGCCGAAAGAUGGGAGAAGUGAUCCAUCUGUCAAGGAUGGCAGUCCUGACUGUGGUGAUGAAGAAAAUGCAGCUGGGGUUUCAAGAUUACCUGAGUUUCCCAGGAAAGAUAUACUUUCUGAACAGGAGCCUAAAGCAUCACCAUCCGAACCUAGUGUCCCGGAAGACUCCAUGUCAAUCUCCUGCCAGAAUAACAAAGAGAAGGAAUUGCAUGCGGAGGGGGAAAUUGCAGUUACCAGUAGUACAUUCUUGGAAUGCCUCCCCUCGGCUGCGGCCACUCUGUCCGACAAAAUAGAUUCAUUAUGGACUGGUACAGAUCCACCAUCAUUGAAAACUCAGUUGCUUCAUAUGCUGGAGGCGGAAGGACCUGAAGCUACUAAGCUUAGCCAGAUAAACCAAAAUGAUAAUCCGCCUUUUAGAAGGCUAAUGCCACCGACCAGAGUUUAUUCAUUUGAUUCUGCAGUGAGAAUUCAAGAAAGAAUCAGGAAAGGACUGCCCCCCUCUACAUUACGUUUGUUGACACUUCGAUCUUUUCAUGCUUCUGGGGUCUACAGCAAUAUGCUCAGGGAUCCCGUUUCCAAUAUACAACGGCCUUAUCCUCAAAUAUCGCCUCGCAAAACCCAGAAGUUGAAUCUUUUGCAGAGUACCUCACCCUCUUUUAUCUCUUCUGUAUCUCUUUUGCCUGAAGGGGCAUCGUUGAUGCUUCCACAAAAUGGCCAAAAUAAUUUAGUUAUUAUUGUUUAUGAGGAUGAACCCACUUCCAUAAUAUCCUACGCCAUUAGUUCCAAGGAGUAUGAAGACUGGAUUUCUAAUAAGCUGAAUGGACCUGAAGUCUGCAAUGCUAGUGACGCUAAUGAGGAGAAUUCUAAACCUUCUAACUUUUCAUCCUGGCAAUCUUUUGGCUCUCUGGGCUUGGAUUAUAGAAGUUAUGGAUCCGAAGAAACUUCAACGACAAUAGGUGCCCUGUUUACAGAUCCCAAGAGUUCUCAUUUUAGAAUUUCUUUUGAAGUUGAGUCUUCAUAUGCCGGGGGAAAGGUGAAGUUUUCUGUCACCUCUUAUUUUGCAAGGCAAUUUGAUGCUCUUAGAAAGAAAUGUUGCCCUGGCGAAGUGGAUUUUGUGAGUUCUUUGAGCCGAUGCAAGAGAUGGAGUGCACAAGGGGGAAAGAGCAACGUUUAUUUUGCCAAGUCAUUGGAUGAAAGAUUCGUUAUCAAGCGAGUGACAAAGACUGAGUUGGAGUCUUUUGAAGAAUUUGCACCUGAAUACUUCAAAUAUUUGACAGAUUCUAUUAGCUCAGGGAGUCCAACUUGCCUUGCUAAAGUUCUAGGCAUAUAUCAGGUCACUAUCAAACACAUGAAAGGUGGCAAGGAAACAAAAAUGGAUUUGAUGGUGAUGGAGAACCUCUUUUUCAAAAGAAGUAUCUCUAGGGUCUAUGAUCUUAAAGGGUCUGUGAGAUCUCGUUACAAUGCAGAUGCAACAGGGACAAACAAAGUACUACUAGACUUGAAUCUCUUGGAAACACUGCGUACUAAACCCAUAUUUCUUGGAGGCAAGGCAAAGAGAAGUCUCGAGAGAGCUGUUUGGAAUGAUACAUCUUUCUUAGCGUCCGUUGAUGUCAUGGAUUAUUCCUUGCUGGUUGGGGUGGACGAUGAGCGCAAGGAGCUGGUUGUGGGCAUCAUUGAUUUCAUGAGACAAUACACUUGGGACAAGCAUUUGGAAACAUGGGUAAAAGCUUCUGGGAUACUUGGUGGACCGAAGAACGCUGCCCCAACAAUUAUUUCUCCGAAACAAUACAAGAAACGAUUCCGAAAAGCAAUGACGACCUAUUUUCUUACAGUGCCUGAUCAGUGGUCAUCAUAAACUGCAUCAUUGAUUUGCAGAUUACCUGUUAAUAAGGGGAAACAACUGUUAUUGCAGAAAGAUGAAGGGGUGGAUCUCUUGCCGUAAUUGGCUCGUUGUUUUCUGCUGAAUGUGGCCAUAAUCAGCCCCAAUAAUAGGUUUAUACAUAAGUAGGGAACAAAGAUCCCUUGUAGGGCUUCCUUUGUAUUUUUGUAUUUGUGAACUAGUUUCUUUGAAGAAAAUCCUUUCACUUCACUUCCUGCGGAGCAUACCUUUAAUGAAUUUUUUUUGGUUGGAAUAUGGGGUCAAAAGGAUGGCUUGAACUUGUUCUGUG